AUGGAUCAGGGCAGCGAGAAUAAUAACGGAUCGAGUGGGAGCAACGGGGGAGGGGGUUCGAGGUGGAACCCUACGAAAGAGCAGAUAAAUAUGUUGGAGAAUCUGUACAAGCAAGGGAUAAGGACGCCCAGUGCUGAGCAGAUACAGCAAAUAACUGCUCGGCUCAGGGCGUUUGGUCACAUCGAAGGCAAGAAUGUCUUCUAUUGGUUUCAGAAUCACAAAGCCAGGCAGAGACAGAAGCAGAAGCAAGAAACCAUUGCUUAUUUCAAUCGCUUUCUUCAUUCAUCCCCUCACCAUCCGCCACUCUUCUCUUCCCCGCUCUGCCCUAAUGUGCUAUGUGCGCCAUAUUAUCUGCCACAAAGUGAAAUGAGGUUUAUUGCUCAACAACCCAAAGUGCUUCUGCCAGGAGCAGGGAUUAGGAGGAUGCCCAUAAACUGUGAGGUGUACCAACAAAUGCAAGAGACAGUAAUGUCGGAUGAAGGGCACUUGAGGAACAAAGAAACGCUUGCGCUUUUCCCUCUGCAGCCAACUGGCUUUCUGGAAGACAAAACUUCAGUUUCUGCUGAUUCUACUCCGGCAUCGGUUUCUCCGUCAGAUCAUCAUCACAUUAGUGAAGAAGAUGGCCCACCACGAAACCAGCCCUUCUUUGAUUUUCUUCCUUCUUCAGGCCAAGAGUUUCUGCAUAGAGAGUAA